AAAAGAAAACCUGAGCCAAAUCUGUGCUAAAUCUGAUCCUAAGCUAAAAUAAAUCUACAAACCUGGAAUGAUGGGGUCCCUGACCACUUUAUUCAUCCUGCUAUUAUUUAUGGAUACCACAAUGUCAAAGAAAUCAGGAACCUCAUGUUACACUCUGAUCUACCAAGAUACGGCCCUGUCACAUCCCGGGCCAGAAGAGUUCAGCUUCACAAACACCGGUUACCUCAAUGGCCAAGCCUUCUACCAAUAUGACAGCAAAAGCCAGAAGGCAAUACCUCUGUCACCGUGGGACAAAGUAGAGGGGAUGGAUGACUGGGAGAAGGAGAGCCAGCUACAGAAGAGAAGGGAAGAUUUUGUCUUAGAGAACAUGCAAAACAUCACAGACUAUUACAAUGAUGGGAAAGGAUCCCAUAUCUUUCAGGGGCGUUUUGGCUGUCAACUUUGUGGUGAUAAUUUCACAAAGGGAUUCUGGAAGUGUCAGUAUGAUGGACGAGACUUCAUUGAAUUCAAUACCACUGAGAUACCAGCUUGGAUCCCUUUGGAUCCUGCAGCUGAGGUGAUCAAGCAAAGGUGGGAGGCAGAUCCAGGUGCUGUGUAUCGAGCCAAAGCCUAUCUGGAGGAAGAGUGUAUUGGGACACUACGAACAUACCUGGAACUUGGGAAGGCUUAUCUGCGCCAGCUAAUUACCCCCAAGGUGAAUCUCAGCCAUUACUCAGCUCCUGGAGGAAACUUGGUUUUGGAGUGCCUGGCCUAUGACUUUUAUCCAAGAGAAAUUGAAUUGCAUUGGCUUCAGGAUGGAAAAAUCCAGAAGAAAGAAGUUGGACAAAUCCAGAUCAUUGGAAAUGGCACAUAUCAGGUCUCAAUAACUGUUAACGUACCUUUGCUAAAGAAAAAAAGUUAUUCCUGUCAUGUGGUUCAUAAAAGCUUGCCUGAGGCCUUUAUUGUGGCCUGGGAUGAGGAAUAAGAGAGUCAGAGAUUGACAGGGCCUUACAGAUUCAGUUCCAUCACUCUAUCAACCAAGAUGGGAGAGAGAAGCUGGAAGGACCUUAAUCACAACCACUCCCACAUCACCAUCAUUCCAUUCAACAGUUUGGAGGUCUGGAAAAGAGAAUUAAAUAUACCUAGGCUUUCCCUGUCAAUACUUACAAUAGGAGACAAACAACAUUAAGGUGAAGAAAUAAAAAUCAGUGUAUAACAAAGAAAAUUGUGUAAAUCAGUUUUGAGGGGAAGUCCUGAACUAUGGUUUCAUUUUAUCUCAGUGAGGAAACUUCCCCCAACAAUAUAACUUACUGUAAUUAAAUUUCAAUACUUAAGAUGACUCAGUGAAGCACUGAGGAGUUAAGUAAGUUGCCCAAAAAUCACACAGUUCUGGUAAGGGCACAACCUUCAACCCAGGUCUUCUUGACCCUGAGUCCAACUCUGUGUCGCCUAAUGCACAUUAUUUCUCAAUAAAUACGUAGCACACAUACAUCACACAUAUAAAUGAUAAACAUAAAUACAUACAUGCAUGCACACAUUUAUGUUGUGGUUAAUUGGAAUGUGAGGGAAGAAUGUAGGAUUACUGUGGAAGGCAACAAUGGGCUGAAGGCAGUUUAAGAAAUUCCAAUUGCAUAUAUGCCAUAGCUGGGAAAGUAACUUAUUCAUCCUGAUGCAAGCAGCAAAGUAUUGAAAAGGGUGGGAUUCAAGAGCAAUAGGAAUGACAGAGGAUGGAAGAAUGGUUGCAGGUACCUGCAGACCAAAGGAAGAUGGUAGGUGACAGAAGGAUAACAAAGAAUGACACAGUAGAUAAAAUGCUCCUGAGAGAUAAGAAUGUGACCCAAGCAGGGCAUGGGCAUCAAGUGGGAACACUUGGAUCUUGCUUGUCCAAACUCAAGAGAAGAUUAAUGGAGCUGGGGCUGAAGAAGAAACAAGUGGAGAGAGCACCAAUCCUCCAAAACACUUCCCUUUAGCCUUCCAAAAAUUCUCCCCUCAUUUGACAGUCAAGGGAAGGCUUCCCAACCCCUUACUAACUUUGCCUCAAGUAAAUAAAUGCAUUUUCAAAGAA